UCCACCGGUAUCUCCUCUCUCUUUUUCUGCCUCAUCAGCCUUGGGGAUUGCAAAAAAGAAUUCAAAAAAAACAUUAUUAAGAGCUUCUUUUUGUAUAAUUUGGUGGCUCUGCAUGUGCUCUAGAAUAACACACUGACUUUUUAUCUAAUAAACCAACUGCAACCGUCCAUCCAUUAUACUCUCUCAUCGCUCGUCUCUCACUCCUCUCACCUGCAUAUAUAAAUUAACACCACCUUCUCUUCUAGCCCUCUCCCCUUCUUUCUUUCUAUCUUCUGCACUUAAUUCUUCUGUCUAAUUUUGGAGAACUCAAAGUUCAUACUCAUAAUUGACUGAGAUAACAAAUGGGUGAAGAGGCUAAGCAGGAGCAAGCUAAGGCAGAGGAGAAAGCCGAGGUGAAAGUAGAGGAAAACAAGGACGAGAAGGCAGAGGAGGAAAAGAAGGAAAAGCCGAAGCCGCCUUCUCCUUUUGUGUUGUUUGUAGACUUGCAUUGUGUGGGAUGUGCAAAGAAGAUUGAGAGGUCCAUCAUGAGAAUUAGAGGAGUGGAGGGGGUUGUGACAGACAUGGCAAGAAAUGAAGUGACCAUAAAGGGAAUAGUGGAGCCUCAGGCAGUUUGCAACAAAAUCAUGAAGAAAACCAAGAGAAUAGCAAAAGUCUUGUCCCCAUUACCAGCUGCUGAGGGUGAAGCUAUUCCAGAAGUUGUUGCUUCACAGGUUAGUGGACUAGUAACUGUGGAACUCGAAGUUAACAUGCACUGUGAGGCCUGCGCAGAGCAACUCAAGAGAAAGAUACUCAAAUUCAGAGGAGUUCAAAGUGCUGUAACUGAUCAUAGUAGCGGGAAGGUGAUGGUGACAGGGACCAUGGACGGGGACAAGCUAGUAGAAUAUGUGUAUAGACGAACCAAGAAGCAAGCCCGAAUAGUCCCACAACCCGAGCCCGAACCCGAGAAGAAGGAGGAACCAGCUGCAGAAGAAGCAAAACCCGAAGAGAAGAAAGAAGAAAAUGCAGAGAAAAAAGAAGAGGAAAAACCGGCAGAAGGGGAGGCAAAGAAAGAAGAGGGCGGAGCUGAAGGCGGAGAAAGUAGUAAUAAGGAGGGGGAGAAAGGUGGUGAGGAGAACAAAGAAGAGGAGAAGAAGGUGGAAGAGAUGAUGAGUGGCAGUUACGUAAAUAGUGGAAUGGAUGAGGAACGUAUGAAAAGAACGAUGCAGUACUAUUACCAACCUCUUUACGUUAUUGAGAGAAUCCCACCUCCUCAGCUGUUCAGUGAUGAGAAUCCCAAUGCAUGUUGCAUUUCAUGACCAACUUGAUCAUGGUCAAUAAUCCUUCUAUAUUCCAUAAUAACAGUGCAUUUUGUUAUGUUACCUAAUUAAUUACGUAAUGUAAAAAUUGUUUUACAUAUAGUAAUUAGCAAGUACCA